GCUAGCAAAUCUGUUUCAGAAUAUAGUUGUCCCUCAGUAUCUGGGGGGGGGGGCGCAAAAUCCAUGCAUACCCAAGUUCUCCAGUUGCCUCUGUAUAGGUGAAGUCUGCCUGCAUGUAUAAGAAGUCAGCCUUCAUAUAACUGGGUUUUGCAUCCUGGGAAUACUGUAUUUUUGAUCCUCAUUUGGACUCGGGCAGUUCAAACCCAUGUUGUUCAGGGUCAACUGUAUUUCCAUAUAACUUAGCACACUUCCUCCUGAAUACUUUAAGUCAUCUCUAGGUUAUUUAUAAUACGAUUUAAAUGGUAUGUAAAUAGUUGCUAUGCUGUAUUGCUUAGGGAGUAAUGACAAAAAAAGUCUGUACAUGUUUAUAUAGAUGCAGUUUUUUUCCAGAUAUUUUCAGUCUGUGAUUGUUUGAAUCCACAGAUGCAGAACCCAUGGAUAUGGUGGGCCGAUCAUAUAUUAAAAAAAAAACAAAACAUUUCCACCAUAACUGCAACUACCCUGGCCCCUAACCCGGAUUAUCAUCACAGCUUCCAAACCAGAGUCCUUCCCUGUUUGUCUUGUUAAAGACUGUUCUUAACACAGCAGCCAGAGUGAUCCUUUAAAAAAGCAAAUUGAUCUUUUCACUCCUGUUCAAAACUCUCUUUUCCUCUUUUUGCUCAGAGUAAGAUUCUUUAGAACGAGCGUUAAGGCCCUGCAUCACAUGACACACCUUCUCUGUAAUCUCUUUACUUCUCCCCUUGCUCGUUCUCUUUCAGCCAUAAUUGAUUGCCUCCUUACUGUUUUUCCAGAACAUGCAAGGCAUUUUGUUUCCUCUACCUACAACAUUCUUCCCUCAGAUACCUACAUUGCUUACUCCUUACUUUUGUAAGACGUUGCUUAAAUGCCUUUUUCUCUUAAGUUGUACCUUGCUGUCCUAUUUGAAAUUGAAAUUCUUUUCACCUCUGGCACUCCUGACGUUUUUUCUCCUACUUUUUAAGAAGCACUUAAGACUUUAAGACAUAAUACAUAAUUUACUUUCUUUGAUAAUAAUUUGUUUCUUUGUGCAAGAUUGUAAGCUCCAUUAAGGUAAGGGCAGGGAUUUUCGUUUGUCCCCUAAUCUUCCCCAGUGGUUAAAAGCCUGGCACAUAGCUGGUGGCUCAGUAAAUAUUUAUUGAAUUUGCUGAAUGAAUAAAUAUUAUUGCUUACACAUUUAUACAUACUGAAUUCAAUAUAUAUGGGUUAUAGCUAUAUGGUAGGAACUGAAUAAAUAUUCAAAUGAAUGGCAUUUUGAUUGGAUGUCAUGAAUUAUGAAUUAGAAGGCUUUUUAGAGGAAUUACUUGCAGUCAUUAAAGAAAGUAUUUCAAUGUGCUGCCUUCAAAAAAAGUGUUGAUAUUUUGUUGCUAAGCUGUCCAUAUAAAAUGAAGGCAGUCAGAAUCAUUUUAUUGAAACUGUCCAAACAGAGUAGUUUUUAAACAUUGCCACAGCUGCUCAUUGAAAUAAUUUCCUCUACCUUUAACUAUCUUUUUUAUUCCCACUGCCCUAGAAUCUCAACAGUGGCAGCCUUGGAAUGGAAAAUGUCACAAAUGAACAAUUUGCGGGGAUCUGAUGAGCUUCUUUCUUCUGGCAUCAUUAACGGACCUUUUACCAUGAAUAGUUCUACUCCUUCUGCAGGUGUGUAUGCUAAUGGGAAUGACAGCAAGAAAUUUAAACGAGAUAGACCUCCCUGUUCGCCUUCCCGUGUUCUCCAUCUUCGAAAAAUUCCAUGUGAUGUCACCGAAGCAGAGAUCAUAUCAUUAGGUCUACCAUUUGGCAAAGUAACUAAUCUUUUGAUGUUGAAAGGAAAAAGCCAGGCUUUCUUAGAAAUGGCUUCUGAGGAAGCUGCUGUUACUAUGGUGAAUUAUUACACUCCUAUUACUCCUCACCUUCGAAGCCAGCCUGUUUAUAUUCAGUAUUCCAAUCACAGAGAACUUAAGACUGACAAUCUACCUAAUCAAGCUCGAGCCCAGGCUGCACUGCAGGCUGUCAGUGCCGUCCAAUCAGGAAGCCUGGCCCUUUCUGGAGGUCCUUCCAAUGAAGGCACAGUCCUACCUGGGCAGAGUCCUGUGCUUCGAAUAAUUAUUGAAAACCUCUUUUACCCUGUUACCCUGGAAGUUCUUCAUCAGAUAUUUUCUAAAUUUGGCACAGUCUUGAAGAUUAUCACCUUUACAAAGAAUAAUCAGUUUCAAGCCUUGCUUCAGUAUGCUGACCCAGUAAAUGCACAUUAUGCCAAAAUGGCUCUGGAUGGCCAGAAUAUCUAUAAUGCAUGCUGCACUCUGCGCAUUGACUUCUCCAAGCUCACCAGCCUUAAUGUGAAAUAUAAUAAUGACAAAAGCAGAGACUUCACUCGCUUAGACCUUCCUACUGGUGAUGGCCAGCCAUCCCUUGAACCCCCUAUGGCUGCUGCUUUUGGUGCACCAGGUAUAAUUUCUUCACCAUAUGCAGGGGCUGCUGGAUUUGCCCCAGCCAUUGGAUUUCCUCAAGCUACAGGUCUAUCAGUUCCAGCUGUUCCUGGAGCUCUUGGUCCUCUCACAAUCACCUCCUCUGCUGUCACUGGAAGGAUGGCCAUUCCUGGGGCUAGUGGUAUACCAGGAAAUUCUGUUCUACUCGUCACGAAUCUCAAUCCUGAUCUUAUCACACCACAUGGGCUUUUUAUCCUAUUUGGAGUCUAUGGUGAUGUACAUCGAGUGAAGAUUAUGUUUAAUAAGAAAGAAAAUGCCUUGGUUCAGAUGGCAGAUGCAAAUCAAGCUCAGCUAGCAAUGAACCAUCUAAGUGGUCAGAGACUUUAUGGGAAAGUGCUUCGUGCUACACUGUCCAAACAUCAAGCAGUACAGCUUCCUCGAGAGGGACAAGAAGACCAAGGUCUGACUAAGGAUUUCAGCAAUAGUCCUUUGCAUCGCUUUAAAAAGCCGGGCUCUAAAAACUUCCAGAAUAUCUUUCCACCAUCAGCCACUCUGCAUCUUUCCAACAUUCCCCCUUCUGUUACAGUGGAUGAUCUGAAGAACCUUUUCAUAGAAGCUGGAUGUUCAGUGAAGGCUUUUAAAUUCUUUCAGAAAGAUCGCAAAAUGGCGCUCAUUCAGUUGGGAUCUGUGGAAGAAGCAAUUCAGGCCCUCAUUGAGCUUCAUAACCAUGACCUUGGAGAAAAUCACCACCUCAGAGUUUCCUUCUCAAAAUCUACAAUCUGACUUUUCUGUGAAUUUUUCUCCUAAAACUGGACCAUAAUUUCAGUAAAACCUUCAGACAUAGACUGAAGCAGCUCAAGACCAAUUUUGCCUCUUUGACAAAAAUAACUCUUUCUGAGUUUGAUAUUCAAGUAUAUUUUAAAAAUCAAUGGAUGUUCUUUUUUUCUAUAUCCCCCCUUGCCAGUCAAAGGUUUCUUUUCCGUUUUUACCAUGGUUUCUACGAAAAUAACCUUCAGGAAAAAGAAAAUCAGGAAACGAUGGUUUUUUUUUUUUUCCCCCCAAUAAUUUUAUUCCCUGUAUUAAAUCAGAUUUGAAGAGGAUUAACUUUGUUUUAGUUUGAGUCCAGGUCAGCCUUAUACAACGUUUCUAAACUCAUUUGUACUUAAAAAAAAUUUAAACACAGACUUCUAAAAUUACUUGAUGUAAGUAAUUUAAAUCACUUAUGACCAAGUUAUUAACCUUGUGAAUCAGAAGUCUGACUCUUGUAGGAAAUUAUAUUCACUUACAAAGUACAUCAGAUCUUUGCCAUAUAUUGAUGGUUAUUAUGCAUAAACACAUUGAGUUGUGUUGGAAGCAGAUUUAUAAACCUGCAUGUUUUCUUUGAAUGAUUUCUUUUUUUCACUGUAAGACACUCCUUUAAAUAAUGCCUAUCUUUAACUUUUUAAGACUAUUUGGAAAAAUGCAGUGUCUCAGCUGUCCCCAGGGAAAUUAAGUGGAAUCCAACUCUAGGAUCUGUUAAGAAGAUGUCAGAAUAACUAAUAAUUUUAUUACGAAAAAAAUCAUGUUUUAAAUUUCAAAAUGACACUUAUUUGUCAAGUAAUAUGAUCUUGGAAAAUUUUAAAGAAAAAUAAUCCUACUUAUAAACUACUUUUUUAUAAUUGUUUUCAGAAAAAAAGUUUACAGUCUUAAGGAAAAUAUUCAGGUCUAUCAUAUGGUUUGACAGAUUUUUUAAAAGUUAUUUUUGGUAAGGUCUUCUUUUAGAAAAAAAUUAAUCUCAAGGGUUUUUUGUACCACUAUAAUCUCUAAUACUCAGAAUUACUGUGUAUUUACUUAAUUUCUUAUUAUGUGCCUUAUUAUGUGCUUAAGAUACAAUAGGUUAGAGUUUAAAUAUCUGGAAAACUAUAUUGUGGGCUUGGUAAGCAUUUUAUUUUUCCUUUCUCUGUUUUGGUAAGGAUUUAACAUUUUUUUCAUUGCAAUUUUAAGUGGUUUUCAAUAAGUAAUAGUUUUUAUCAAAUUUUUGGUGCUUGGUGCAGAGACGGUGUGGGGGGUGAAUGGUUUUGGGAAUAAUUCAGUGCACACCUGUAGGCCUCUUUACAUUGUGACUGAUAGGGGUUAUUGCAUAUCAAUUUGGGGCUAUAGAGUGCAAUCUCAGUUUCAUCUUUAUCACCCAUCAGAAUUUGUCUCAGGAUUACUUGGUUUUUCUCAGUCCUCAAGCAAGAACUUGCUUUUCUUUGUUAAUGUGACUUCAUUACUGAGUGCCCACAUAUUUGGAGUAUGAGAAGGUGGGUUAUUUCUCAUGCUCUGUCCCUCUCUUUUUCGUUGAAUGUAAGAGUACAUUUUAAUGUUGCUUCAGUGAUUGUAUAAUGUUAAAUGGUUUCUUUUUAAUAAGAAACUGCUAUUAUUCCUUCAAUUCUUGAUCAGAAUUUUUUAAAGCAGAAGUAGUCAAAAGGGUCAUUUUUUGUCUACCCCUUUUACACUUUUCAGAUUAUGAAAGUGUCUCAUCUCAACUUUUAAAAGAAUAAAGAACAUCUUGCUGGGCAUGGUGGUGUUCGCCUGUAGUCCCAGCUACAGGCUGAGCCUAUAGGCAGGAGGCUACAGGCAAGAGGAUCACUUGAGCUCAGGAGUUGGAGGCUGCAGUGCGCUAUGAUCACAUUUGUGAAUAGCCACUCCACUCCAGCCCUGGAACAUAGUGCAACCCCUUCUCUAAAAAUUAAAAAUUAAGAAAAUCUCAAUCUCUUUGCUGUAUUCCAGUGAUUAAUUUGAACAUAGGGAGGUUUUUACAGAAGAAAUUUUACUGAAAAAUAGAGACUGCAAGAGAUGAUACAGAUUAUUUAAAAAGCAGAAUUCACUCACCACUGAGCAACACUUAGUUGGUAGAAUAGAAAGGAAGGAUACUAAGUUAAGACUUUUCAAAUGGAUCAGUUUAGUUCAAUAGAUAGAUAUAAUCAUGUGUGUAGUUGUGGGGUUUUUUUUUUUGUUUUUUUACUUAUGAAAUAAAUUUUUACCUAGACACAAGGGGUAUAUGAAGGAGGAAAAAAAUUUCUUUGCAAAAUCUCCCAAAAUUUGCUUUUUUUUUUUCCCUUCCACACAGGCACUAUUAUAAUUUUCAGUGCCAUGUUAAAUUGGGUUAUUUCAUUUACUUUAAGUUAGGAAUUACUGUGUAAUUUAUUAAUUCAUGAUUCUCAUAACAUUCAGCAUAAGUGUAGCAAAGUUGCUAAUAACGGAAGGGAGAUCAUAGUGAUGUUGAAUGUAAUUUUGAAGUAGGGAAUGGCCUUUUAAGUCUGAGAGAGAACAUUUGAAUCCUUUUCAGGGAUUUGUGUAGGGGUGUGUUUGUGUGUGUGUGUGAAUGUGUGUGUGUAGAUAAGUGUAUAUACAUAAAUACACUCUUCUAUAGUUGUAUAUACAUAUGCACAUUACAUACAUUUUAAUUUAUUGACAAAAUUAACCAAAUUAAGAUUUGGAGAUAUGGGGUGUUCUUGUUUUAAAAUAGCAUGUUUGAAACCAUCAGUUUGUGUCUAAAAUUAGCUGUAGCACAUGGAUGUUGUCCAUAUUAAGCUAUUUGCUGUUUGAAUUAUAGAGGUCUACAGUAUUUGUGUUGGCAUAGUUUUUGUAAAAAAGAUUAAAAAUCAGGAUGGUGGAAAAACUAGAUCUGUGUAUUUCUGUUUUGGCAUGCAUUUAUUCAGUAUCUUCUAGCAAUGGUUAAUUUUUCUCUGUUGAUCUACCAUAGGAUCCUGUUUUUAAGUUUAUUUACUUUAUUUUUAAGGAGUAUUGUCAUCACUUUUCAAGGUGUCUUGACUUCUACACAAAGUAUAUAUAUUCAGGACUUUAAAAAAUAGCAGUACACAUUUAACAGCAGCAAAUUACACCAAAAUGAUUUACUUUGAGAUGUGAAUAAUUUGCAUAGCAGUAAAAUGUGCUUUGUGUAACAUACAAAUAGAAGAAUGACCCAGUAUCUUAACUGAUACUUACUGGAGAGUAUCAGAAUUACCCAGUAGCUCUUACAGAAUGCCAUAAAUUCUUUAAGACUAAAUAUUGUAAUCAGUUAUUUGAAGUAAUGUUUCUGAUUUGCUGUUAAAAGUUGCCGAGCUCAGUUUUUGGAGAUACCGUUUCUGCCUGCCUGUUUCCUUAUGAGAGCAAGGCCUUCUUUGGUUCCAGCUAGUAUGAUGAUCAUGGAUUCUGCUUUAGUUGAUGAGAAGUGGUUCCUAUGAACGCCUCUGUUUAAUUUCUUUUUAUUUUAUUUUAUUUUUUGGGGUCUCGCUAUAUUGCCCAGACUGGUCUCCAACUCCUGGGCUCAAGUGAUUCUCCUGCCUCCACCUCCCCAUAGUGCUGGGAUUACAGGCAUGAACCAUCACGCCUGGCUGUCUGUUCUUUUCAGUGUCUCCGUGCCAUCAGACAGCAAUGCUUAUAUGUUUAGCAUUUUGUCAUGCAGUUUCUCUUCUGUUCCCACGAGAUAUUUUCGGACAAAAAAAUGACAAACUCAAAAGUCAUAUGUUUUUCCCCACCUAUCUCUUAGAAAACCUAAUGUGUGUACUGCUAUUUUUAAAACCAAAAAGAGACAGCAUGACGAUGCAUAAAGCAUUUUUCUUAACCUUUCCUUUGUCUUGAUCUGUUGUUAACAAGAAUAAAACUGCCAGACUUAAAAUACUCUACUAUUGUGCUAAAAGAAAUACAAUUUAGAUUGCACAAAAUUUGAAAAUAUAACUCUGCUGUCUUUUAAAAGAGUUGUGUUGUUAUCUACAAGACUAUUAGCAGUCUUUUUUCAGAGCAAAUUUUAACAGCUGGUUGUGAGUGGUUUAAAAUAUAGAAAAUAUUAAAAUCUUAAGUUUGAAGGGUUUUAUAGUGGGAGAAAAAAACAGGACCAAAGUUUAUGUGCCUUCUUCAGUAGUCUUAAUUGACCUUUUCUUCCUAUUUGAGACUAAAGUAGUAUCAGUAUUCUCGUUUUCAGGAAAUAUGUACUAUAUAGUUUUAAAAGAAUGUCAUCCCACCAACUAUCUAUCCAAGCAAAGAAUCGUAACUGUAGAAAUGAAGUCUCAGUUACACUUUUGCCUUUAUCACAUAAUAUUCAUUAUAGAGCAUCGUGCAGGUCCAAGAAUAGAGCUGCUUGAAAUCUUUGUGGUAGUUUCCUUAGUUUUUGUAACCUGAGGCAUAUGUUCCAGAGAACAGGGAUAUUUGUCUGGUCCAGUGACCUUGGUGAUCAUAGUCAUAAUUGAAAGAUGCCUAAGGCAUGCUUAAAUCAGCAUCGUCAACUGAUUUGUUGUUGUUGUUGUGUUAUUUUAACUUCUUGGAUCUAUGUAGUAGUUGUAGUAACAAAUAUUUAAAUAGCUAUUUUUUUGAUGCCAUUAAAAAAAAUCAUACUCUGGCCUUUUUUUCCCCUUACCAUUGUUUCCCAGAUCUUUUAAAAAUUCAUCCCAUAUCCAGAAAGUACCAAUUAUAAAGAUUGCUGACCAAGCAAAGUUUUGCAUCAAAAUGUCACCUCAUUGCUCUGACCAAAGACUGACUGUUGUGGUUUUAACUCCUCUCUGUGAAGCAUUUUGCAUUUUCCCCAAGCUCCUUUCUGAAAGAAGACCCAGUGCAGAGCGGCCUUUACUUUCUGUUGCCUACUGUUGAAUAGACUACUUAGAGAAAAUGGGAGUUACAGUGUGAACAGAAUGGAUUAGGAUGACGAGUUUGAUGGGCAUUUCCAGUACUGUAUCUAAGAAAAAAAAAAAUAGCACAGCUAGGAGCCUCUGACAUUGUCUGGUGUUUUACAUGGUCUGUUCAUCAAAGUUCCCCUUUUCAGUUUGUAAGAAUGUUCAUCUAACAGAAGAAAAUGCUGUAAAUAUUUGUAACAACAUUUUUUUUUUAACAAGGCCAAAAAAGAAAAAAAAGGUUUUUGGGAACAAGUGAACUUACAAAGUGGUUUUUAUAUAAAACAUCAAUUGUCUUGUAUAUUUUGGAUAAGCAGCAGUACCAGCUUUCAUUUGUAACAGAGUUUGUGGCAUUGGAAAAAAAGGAUUCUGUGAUUGUUGAAGUGAAUUAUGUUAUAAAUGCAAAGAGACGAUAAAAUAUUAAAAACCAUAUUUUCUAAA